AUGGCGGAUGUUGAAAUGGAAAGAGCGCCGGAGCUACCGCAAAAGCGGUAUUACCGGCAACGGGCACAUUCGAAUCCCAUUGCAGACCACUGUUUUGAUUAUCCACCUUCUCCUGAUGACAUGGACUGGAUUCAGCACUUUCCCCAAGGAGACGAAAAGGAGGUCCAGUUUGCAGACAUUGGGUGCGGGUAUGGAGGAUUACUAGUGGAACUGUCACCUUUAUUCCCUGACGUCCUCAUGGUUGGAAUGGAGAUCAGAGUUAAAGUUUCGGACUUUGUGAAAGACAGGAUCAAAGCACUCCGGGCAAAAAAUCCUGGACAGUACCAGAAUAUUGCCUGCAUUCGCACAAAUGCCAUGAAGUACCUACCAAACUAUUUUCGCAAAGGGCAACUGACGAAGAUGUUCUUCCUGUUCCCAGACCCCCACUUCAAGAAGCAAAAGCAUAAAUGGAGGAUAAUUAGUAAACAGCUCUUGGCUGAAUAUGCAUACGUACUUCGUGUUGAGGGUCUGGUUUACACCAUAACAGACGUGAAGGACCUGCACGAAUGGAUGGUACAACACUUGUCCGAGCACCCUCUUUUCGAGAGAGUUCCCGAUGAAAACCUGAAAGGGGACAUUGUGGUGGAGAAGUUAGAAGACAGCACAGAAGAAGGGAAGAAAGUGACACGGAACAAAGGCCAGAAGUUUCUCGCAGUCUUCAGGAGAGUUGAAGACCCAUACUUCAAGACGACUACCUAAUGGUAUUGCUGCAAAUAAAUAUUUUGUACAUACA